AAUAAUCGUGCAUAGGGGAGCCAUGGGGGAAAAAAUCGAGCAAGCGNUUUCUAAGUUCUAUCUUUGAUGCGAAAAAAAUUCUUGCACAUGCCAUUGCCCACUAAAAAAAAGUCAUGCACAACCUAAAGGUACGAAAAAACAUUCAUACUCUAGAAAGUUACAUAACCCCUGCCCCCCUCCCCUUCAAAAAAAAAAUAAUAAUGGUCCGUCCCUAACCUCGAUUCUUUCCGCCUACGAGCGGUUUCCGUGGAUACCAUGGGAUCGUCACGCCUUCUUUUCCCGCCAAUCUUACUCGUCUUCGACUAAAGCGAUCACACCCUGGGAACAUUUUUCACGCGAUCACAUUUUUCACGCGACAACAUUGAUUUCGAAUUGUGCAAAACAGACUGCUUUUGAUUAGGCGGAGAAAAUUGAUCCAAGGUCGUGACCAUUGUUCAAAUAUUGUUAAUAUUGUUUCCUGUUGGCGUGUUUACGUGCGUGAUUGACAUUCCUCGGAUGCUGCUUACAUUUCAUUCGUAUGCUCACGGCAUCUGAAUACCUUGGUUUUGCACUCAUUGCUGUACAUAUCCUGAACUCAUCACUUCAUCUUCCUCCCGAAAUAGAAGUAACUGGUCGAGAUCAGUCAAAAAGUAUAAAACUGGAAGCCUGAAAUCAGGUAUGGAUCUAUCUUUGCGAGAUGACAAAUCAACCGAUUUCCUGACUCACAAAUCUAAAGAAGACCUUUCUUAUGAACCGAAAGAAUGGAAGGGAAAGUCUUCAAAUGACAUUACCGCUGCCGAGAGUGGUGAUGGUGGGAAAGAAAACCGUGAGACUUGGGGACACAAAGCGGAAUUCAUCCUAGCCACUGUUGGUUUAGCUGUUGGUUUGGGCAACGUUUGGAGGUUUCCGUACCUUUGCCAGAAAAAUGGAGGAGGUGCUUUCCUUAUUCCUUAUGUUAUCUUCAUGGUGAUUGAGGGAUUACCACUCUUCUUUCUGGAGCUAAGUAUUGGUCAGCGAAUGAGGAAAAGUGCCAUAAAAUGCUGGCAAGAUGUGCAUCCAGCCCUGUUUGGAAUUGGUGUGGCAUGCCUUAUGGUGUCUCUGAUGUUGUGUCUCUAUUAUGUGGUUGUAAUAGCUUGGUGUUGUUAUUACUUCUUCAUUUCAUUUACCUCACUACUGCCGUGGGAACACGACAAGCUAUGUAACAACUACAAGGCAUUUACACAACUUGGAGAAGCUGUUGCCCAAUGUGCCAAGAACAACUCUUGUUCAAACACAACUCAUGCACGUUUGAAGUCAGAAUAUGAUAACUUCCCUGAUUGCUGUGUGCGAGAUCCACCACAAUAUUACUUCUACCAUCACACACUGCAGAUCUCAACUAGUAUUGAAGAUACUGGUGUUGGAAUAAAUGGAAAACUUGCUGGAUGUUUGGUGUUUGCAUGGGUUAUUACAUACCUUUGUGUAGUCAAAGGAAUCAAGUCAAGUGGAAAGGUUGUGUAUUUCACUGCAACCUUUCCUUAUGUCAUCCUGAUCAUCUUGUUCUUUCGAGGAGUUACAUUAGAAGGAGCAGGAAAUGGUGUAAAAGCCUUUUUUAGCCCAGAUUGGUCGCUGCUAGCAGAUGCCAAUAUUUGGAAAGAUGCUGCUACCCAAAUGUUUUUCACCCUUAGCCUGGGCUUUGGUGCACUGAUUGCAUUUGCAAGCUACAUGCCUCUUCACAAUCAAGUGAUGCGUGAUGCAUAUACUGUGGUAUUCAUCAACUGUGGCACAUCACUGUUUGCUGGUAUUGUGGUGUUUUCCAUUCUGGGAUAUAGAGAACAUGUCACAGGCAUCCCAGCCACUGAGGUUGGAUCUGGUCCAGGACUUGCAUUCAUGACAUUUUCUGAUGCCAUUCUUCUGAUGGACGUGUCACCACUCUGGGCCAUUCUUUUCUUCUUCAUGUUGAUUCUCCUUGGAAUUGACAGUGAGUUUGGUACCCUGGAAGCAGCCAUUGGUCCAAUAAUGGAGCUUAAGAUUUUCCCCAAUAUGAGGAAGGAAUUGCUGACACUACUUGUCGCUGUGAUUCUGUUCCUGUUUGGUUUGGCCAUGGUUUCUGGUCCAGGUUUCUAUAUCUUCCAAAUGUUUGAUGACUAUUCAGUUACAAUCCCAUUAUUGGUAAUUGCCCUAUUCCAGUGCAUUGGAGUGGCAUGGGUUUAUGGCAAUGACAGGUUUGCUGAUGACAUUGAAUUCAUGACAGGAAAGCGACCAUGGAUUGGCUGGAUGAUCUGCUGGAAAUACAUCUCCCCUCUAGCUUUGUUUAUUGUUCUUGUUGCUCUCAUUGCUCAGCAGAGUCAGAGUGCUCCGACGUAUUCUAAAUUUGUUGGAUGUAAACAGAAACCAUACAGUGGUGGAGGUUCCGAUACAUGGACAGAAAGCACUCCAUACCCAGGCUGGGCAGUAUUUGUUGUUGUAAUGAUUGUGCUUGCCUCUACUCUCCCAAUUCUCAUAUGGAUGAUCAAGGAUUGGCCUAAGAAUUGGCGUGCAAGCUUCCACAAGACAUUCUUUUCUGGAGCCAACAAUUACCUUCCUGACCCGAAGAAAGAAGAAAUUCCAGAAGCUCAGACUAAGGGUGCAAGCAACUAUGGCAUAGAUGGGGGCAAUGUAAUGUAAUGUAUUAUAAGGCAGUUGUAAAACAAAGCCUGUUUUGCUAUGUGACUUGGCAACAUUUUUUUAUAUAUUAACCAGUGAGACAACAGACAAAGCUAGCAGAGCAAGCUUUUCUGGCCUAGCUUCAAAGUGCACUUUUGUGGGACGAAACAUAGGGUCAGAAAGGCACAUUAAAAUUUAAAGUAAGGUCAUUCACCCAGUAAAAAUAGGGUUCCAUUUUCUUAGUCCCAGCCUGUAGUAAUCUACAACAUUUGAGGGUAUUAUUAGCUUGGUGAGCAUCUGAUUUAUCAUUUUCUAUCCCCCAAUUUAUACAUAUACAAAAGUAAUUGCUCCAUGUAUGCAUAAUGGAUUUCAUUGUUAGUUAACUGACACAUAGUUCACACAUGUAUGUUUGUAUUUACCAUUAAGCAUUUUGUAGUUAUUUCCAAGUGUACAAAAGGCAAGGAAAUGAUUCUGAGGCAUGAAAAAGGAAGAGAAAACAAUGCGGUUAGAGAGUUGGGCUGUGAAUCCAGAUGUCCAUGAAUUAUAUUACAUGUAUAUUGCAUUGUUGAGCAAGUGUUACUGUCACAGUUUCUCUAUCCACCUGGAUAUAAUUGUCAAGACAACCUCCAAACGUCCUAAGCUCUAUUUGCUAAAAUCUGUGCCUUUGGUUUAAUGUGAGCUGCCUCAGAUAGGUUCCUUCCAAAGAAUGUAGCAAGCUUUAAUCAGUGUUUGACAAAAUCAAUUGUUUAUUGCUGCCCUUUUCCUUAUAAAUGUACUGAUAACUUUAGAGAGAAAAGUAGAAGACCAAGUUAGUGAUAUCUACAGUUAAUGUUACUGUAUGGCAUUUUAGAAAUAAUUUGCUUCCAAUAUGGUAUUUGACUUCAUUUAACCCUAUUCAAGGCAAAACUGUCCUGCUUUUCCUCUCAAAAGUAUCACCGUCUGUUAUUUUUUAUAGGCCUGUAAAUAAUGGGCUUCACAUGAGUAAAAAAUUCAAAAAGAGCACUGGAAACAAAGGAAAAAAGACCAAAAUCAGUUUUAGCUGAAUUAUCUCAUAUUUGUUUGCUUCUGAUGUGGGAGUUUCUCUUGUUGCUGCUGCUUCUACAGUUCUUUAAGUUCUUGUUGUCAGCUUCCCCAAGGACAAGAUGACCCUGGGUUAAUGUGGGCCUUUGUCUAAUCUUGAGUAGCUUUGGUGGCUCUGUUCUCUAUAGUAUUAUGACCACAGGUGCACCAAGGAUGAAAUCUUCUGGAAAUCUCCCUGCCCUCAAAGUAAACUGUCUGGGUUUUUCAAUGUUUUAUGACAUGAGCAUGAUCAAGAAAAAAUGAGUGAAUUUCCUUGUUUCCUUUUGUGAAAUUCUGUAAUAUAACUGGUUAUAACUAUUUUACUCAAAUUGGUGCUCCUUUUUGGGAAAAUCUAUCUGACCACUCCUACUUUUAAUUACCAAAGAAGUAAUUUAACAUUAAUUAAGAGAGACUCUGUACAACAUCAACUUCUUAGUGUUUAAAUUCUUACCUGGCCACAUUUUACCAAAGGAAAUUCAAGCAAAUCACUCACUAGGCACCCAAAUGGUGGAAAAAUGUAUUUCUUUGGGCAGCCUUAAUCUAAGACUGAGAUGUAAAACACUAUUUCAUUGUAAUUUGUUGCUUAUUAUAAUUACUGGAUAAGUUUGAGUGAACUGGGAAUAAAAACAAAUGUGAAAACCAGCUUUGAAAAAAUAACACAAGUGCAUGCAAAUGGUAUGUUCACUUUAAAUGAUUGCGCUAUGGAAUUACUGUAUUUCCAAACAUGUAAGUAAGGUCUGCUAGCAAACACCCAACAGGACUUAACUUUGACUUGAGUUCAUAAAUCUAAGCUCCCACAUCUCUUCCACCAUAAGAAUUCAAAUAUUUCCCAAUUUCUUUUCAUUGUUGCCAAUCCCCCAUAUAUGGGUUUAGAUGCCCUCUCCCCCACCCAACCCCAAGGAAGCCAAUGGUGAAUGCAUUCUGUAGAUAUCAUCUUGUGUCAAUAUGCAUUUGUGAGUACAGCACAAGACCUUUAUAUAUGCCAUUAUCUACCGAUCAAUACUAAUGCUUUUAUAAUAAUAUGUAUGUGCCUUCAGGAAUAUUUUGCAGGAAUUAAACUUAUAAGCAUAAAAAAAUAAGUGGGUAUCCAAUGAGAAAGACUAGGGAAAACUUGUUCUAAACUCAUGAACUGAUUUGUCCUUUUGUACAAUUUGAAAUAGCUUAAUAUCACUUACUUUUUGUAGUCAGGCUGAUACUAAGUCAAGUACAUCUUAUUUAGCCGCACAUCUGAAUUGUUUUGUUUUUCUUGUGUAUUUAAAGUAUUUUAACAUUACACUAGUGUAGUGAAACCAGUUGUGAGUCUUAAAUUAAUAAAAUGCUGCUCAUAAGGAAGAAAAUAAAGUAACGUAGACAAGAACUCGUA